UUCUUAAUGGCUUCCAAAUAUUAAGUGAACUUGUCCAAUUGCCAAAGAGUCCUUAAGCAAGCUAUCAGUUUAGAUUUCGAGAGCACUCUCAUCUUGUCAUUCCCGGCCAUUUGAGCGCCGUCUCACGGAUGAAAGCGCGAAAAGAGAGUUAGCCUAAAAAGAACGAUCGAACUAUUUACAAUCAGUUUGCUGAGCUUCGUUCAUCCAACAUGAUCUCUAACAAGCAAAUCCUGAUUCUGGGCCUUUUGGUCAUUUUGGCGACUUGUUGGGUGUAUGGAGAGCCCGAACCUCGUCGACGAUCCAAAGUUCCAAAGAUCUUCAACGGUUCGGAGGAAGGGAACAUCCAUACUUCCAACUCCAGAGAAGGGAAAGUGUUUUCACUCUUCAAUAUCGUGCAAUUUAAUAAUGAGGGAUGCCGCAGCUCCAGCACGAUCAGUAGUAGCGGAAGUGGAUCCACGAAUCGCAAUGGGACAUGCUUCACCAUGAACGAAUGUGUCAGUAAGGGUGGUUCAGCUGCCGGUUCAUGUGCUGCAGGGUUUGGAGUUUGUUGUGUUUUUUUGGUGAGCACCUCGGGUGCAACGGUGACACAAAAUUGCUCCUACGUCAGAAAUUCAAACUUUCCCAGCCCCUUGGAUUCCACCUCGCAGAUUUCGUACAACAUUCAGAAAUGUGACCAAAGCGUUUGCUCCUUACGAUUAGAUUUUGAGACCUUCUCCAUUCAAGGAACAGGCAACACGGAAGAGAUUGAUACCGAUGUAAUGCCAUUGGAUCCCGGAGGCGUUUGCUUGGAUACCUUUUCCGUUCAAGUGAGCACUGGCCAAAAAAUCCCAACCAUUUGCGGUCAAAACACGGGCCAACAUAUGUAUGUGGAUAUUGGCAACUUGGCCUCUGAUACUGCUCAACUCAACUUUGCCUUCAUUGGAUCCAGCAACAAUCGUCAGUGGGAAAUCAAAGUCACCCAAAUCCCUUGCAACACUCCGGGACACCCGAACGGAAAUGGUUGCCUUCAAUAUCACACUGGUUUGACUGGUCGUCUCACCACUUUCAACUUCUUACCCACCAACGACAAUCACUUGGCCAACCAAGAUUACUCGGUUUGCAUCCGACAAGAAGCCGGCUUUUGUUGCAUUGAAUAUUCCGUGUGUUCGGAUGCCAACUCUUUCAGUAUCGACACCAACAUGAUGCUGAUGAUGUCAAAAGUGGAAACAGAGUGUUUGACCAUUGACUACAUCACCAUCGAAGGUGGACAAGGAUCCUGCGCUGGCAGCAAUAAUCCGACGGCAGGCGUCAACAAGUAUUGUGGUGACAAACUCAACCCUUUGACAAUGCAAAUAGAGCACGCCCCUGUUUGUGAUUGUACCGCACCGUUCCGAGUAGACAUAUUUACGGACAAUGACGUGGAUGUAAUGGACAUGGCGACGCCCAACACUAAGCCCUCUCGAGGUGUCUGUUUGGAAUAUCGGCAAAUUCCGUGCUAAUCUAUUCGCCAAAUAAGAAAUAAUGACCUUUCCUAAGAGAUUGAAGAUGACAACCACAAAACGCAAAAGAUGAUUGAGCGAUUUGUUUUCCAAGAAAAUGAAUGUCUUCAGUUUGUCAGUGGAUACCCAAUAUGAUUUUUUUUGUUAUGCUUAUCAUAAUUUUUACCAGCAAAUAUAUACUAU